AUGAAACUGUUCCACAGACUAAGAACUGUCAAACCAAAGACUUUUGACAUUGUGUUAUCCCUAGGUCUAACCUGUGCUGUUGGCACAGGUGUUUAUCAAUACUACAAAUACCAAUGUGAUAGUUUACUUGAAGCACAAGAAACACCAAAGAAACAUAGUUUGUUUCCUGAAAAUAUGAUGAAGAAAUUCAAGAAAGCUCCUGAAUUAAAUUUGGAGUUGCCAGUUGUUGAAGCAAUUUUAACAAAAGCUCCUGGAAUUCCUCCACCAAUUGACCGUGAUUAUCCAGUUCAAUUAGUUGUUAAUCUAGAUACCACAAUUGAAGUGAAGCCAAUCAGCAAACAGUACAAGUAUCCAUAUUGGACAUUUAAUGGAACAGUUCCUGGACCAUUUAUCAGAGCAAGAGUUGGAGAUGUCAUGCAAGUCAAUUACCUAAACUUGGACGAAACCGGUAUGGCUCACAAUAUUGAUUUUCACUGUGUGACAGGACCAGGAGGAGGUGCAGAAAUGUUAUUGGCAGAAAAAGAUGAAGAAAAAACAGGAUUUUUCAAAUUAUUAACUUCAGGUUUAUUUAUCUAUCACUGUGCUGCAGGUCCAGUACCUUCACACAUAAGUAAUGGCAUGUAUGGAUUAAUGUUAGUUGAACCAGAAGAGGGAUUGCCAAAAGUAGAUAAGGAAUUCUAUGUCAUGCAAAGUGAAUUCUAUUGUGAACCAUCAGAUGAUGAUCCAAAAUUAAUGGAACAUUCGUAUGCCAAUGGAUUAGAUGAGAAACCAACCUAUGUCGUCUUUAAUGGAAGAGAAGGUUCUCUCAUUGAUACUCCUCUCCUUGCCAACACUGGAGAACGUAUUCGAUUCUACUUUGGAAAUGCAGGUCCAAAUCUUUCCUCCUCAUUUCAUGUCAUUGGUGCAAUUUUUGAUAAGGUUUUCAGAGAGGGAGAUUUAGUGAGUCCUCCAGAGAGAAAUGUACAAGUGACACAAGUUCCACCAGGUGGUGCAACAAUGAUUGAGUUUGAGGCAAUUGUGCCAGGAACUUAUUCAUUUGUGGAUCAUGCUAUCUUUCGAAUAGAGAAGGGAGCUGUUGGGUUUUUAAAGAUUGCAGGUGCACCUCGACCUGAUAUUUAUCAUGGAAUGGAUAGACCAAAGAGGUGUCCUGGAUGUAAAUUACAUCAAUAA